GGGAGUCGAAUCUUCUCCGGAAUCGUUUGCUUUCAUUUCUGCACGAGCCCCGUCGCGCGCCGUUUCCCUUUCGCUCCCCCUUCGAACCAAAACAAACGUCGCCCGACGCGCUCCGGUCGCUCGUUUCCCCGCGCCGCCGAGGGACCACUCGGCGUUUUCUGCGAAAAGGCGGCCAGCGAAGCCGGAAAAAAAAAGAUGAGUGUGGAGGCGUACGGGCCGAGCUCGCAGACGCUCACCUUCCUGGACACGGAGGAAGCGGAGCUGCUCGGGGCCGACACGCAGGGCUCCGAGUUCGAGUUCACCGACUUCACGCUGCCCAGCCAGACCCAAACCCAGGGCCAGACCCAGAGCCAGCUCGACAACCAGGUGAACGGGCCUGAUGGCGUUCUGCCCAACGGAGAGGAUGCAGUGGUGAAGACUAGCCAACUUCUGGCCGAGCUGAACUUUGAGGAGGAUGAGGAAGAUACUUACUACACUAAAGACCUGCCGGUGCAUGCCUGCAGCUACUGCGGGAUUCAUGAUCCAGCGUGUGUGGUCUAUUGCAACACCAGCAAGAAAUGGUUCUGCAACGGCCGCGGUAACACCUCCGGCAGUCACAUUGUGAACCACUUGGUGAGGGCCAAGUGUAAGGAGGUGACCCUGCAUAAGGACGGCCCGCUGGGCGAGACGGUCCUGGAGUGCUAUAACUGCGGCUGCCGCAACGUCUUCCUGCUCGGCUUCAUCCCGGCCAAAGCUGACUCUGUCGUGGUGCUGCUGUGCAGGCAGCCGUGUGCCAGUCAGAGCAGUCUGAAGGACAUUAAUUGGGACAGCUCUCAGUGGCAGCCCCUGAUCCAGGACCGCUGCUUCUUGUCCUGGCUGGUGAAGAUCCCGUCUGAGCAGGAGCAGCUGAGGGCCCGUCAGAUCACAGCACAGCAGAUCAAUAAACUCGAGGAGCUCUGGAAGGAAAACCCAACAGCGACGCUGGAGGACUUGGAGAAACCCGGAGUGGAUGAGGAGCCUCAGCACGUUCUGCUGAGAUACGAAGACGCCUAUCAGUACCAGAACAUCUUUGGGCCGCUGGUCAAACUAGAGGCUGACUAUGACAAGAAACUCAAAGAGUCCCAAACUCAAGACAAUAUAACAGUGAGGUGGGAUUUGGGACUGAAUAAAAAGCGGAUAGCUUAUUUCACACUGCCCAAGACGGAUUCAGGUGACAUGCGACUGAUGCAAGGAGACGAGAUCUGUCUGCGCUACAAAGGAGACAUGGCUCCGCUGUGGAAAGGGAUCGGACACGUCAUCAAAGUCCCGGACAAUUAUGGAGAUGAAAUCGCCAUUGAGCUGCGAAGCAGUGCUGGUGCACCUGUGGAGGUGCCUCAUAACUUCCAGGUGGACUUUGUCUGGAAGUCAACAUCAUUUGACCGCAUGCAGAGCGCCCUGAAGACGUUUGCCGUGGACGAGACCUCCGUGUCCGGCUACAUCUAUCACAAGCUGCUGGGACACGAGGUGGAGGACGUUAUCAUCAAAUGCCAGCUGCCCAAACGCUUCACUGCUCAGGGCCUGCCGGACCUCAACCACUCGCAGGUUUACGCCGUGAAGACGGUGCUGCAGCGACCCCUGAGUCUGAUCCAGGGGCCCCCGGGAACCGGCAAGACGGUCACCUCCGCCACCAUCGUCUAUCAUCUGGCCAGGCAGGGCAAUGGUCCGGUGCUGGUUUGUGCUCCGAGUAACAUCGCGGUGGACCAGCUGACAGAGAAGAUCCAUCAGACGGGGCUGAAGGUGGUUCGUCUGUGCGCUAAGAGUCGCGAGGCCAUCGAUUCGCCCGUGUCUUUCCUGGCUCUGCACAAUCAGAUCCGCAACAUGGACAGCAUGCCCGAGUUGCAGAAACUGCAGCAGCUGAAGGACGAAACCGGCGAGCUGUCGUCGUCCGACGAGAAGCGCUACCGAGCUCUCAAACGAACCGCUGAGAGAGAGCUGCUCAUGAACGCAGAUGUGAUCUGCUGCACGUGCGUGGGAGCGGGUGACCCUCGCCUGGCGAAGAUGCAGUUCCGCUCCAUCCUCAUCGACGAGAGCACGCAGGCCACGGAGCCCGAGUGCAUGGUGCCGGUGGUGCUCGGGGCCAAGCAGCUGAUUCUGGUGGGUGACCACUGUCAGCUGGGUCCUGUGGUCAUGUGCAAGAAGGCGGCUAAAGCAGGUCUGUCUCAGUCUCUGUUUGAGAGGCUGGUGGUCCUGGGCAUCAGACCCAUCCGCCUGCAGGUGCAGUACCGCAUGCAUCCGGCCCUCAGCGCCUUCCCGUCAAACAUCUUCUACGAGGGCUCUCUGCAGAACGGGGUCACCGCCGCUGAUCGCAUCAAGAAAGGCUUCGACUUCCAGUGGCCUCAGCCCGAUAAGCCCAUGUUUUUCUAUGUAACUCAGGGCCAGGAAGAGAUCGCAAGCUCUGGCACCUCCUAUCUCAAUAGGACCGAGGCCGCCAACGUGGAGAAGAUCACCACCCGCCUGCUGAAGGCCGGAGCCAAACCCGACCAGAUCGGCAUCAUCACGCCGUACGAGGGCCAGCGCUCGUACCUGGUGCAGUACAUGCAGUUCAGCGGCUCGCUGCACACCAAGCUAUACCAGGAGGUGGAGAUCGCCAGCGUGGAUGCCUUCCAGGGCAGAGAGAAGGACUUCAUUAUCUUGUCUUGUGUCAGAGCUAACGAGCACCAGGGCAUCGGCUUCCUGAACGACCCGCGGCGUCUCAAUGUGGCGCUAACCAGGGCCAGAUAUGGUGUGAUCAUCGUGGGCAACCCGAAGGCUCUGUCCAAGCAGCCUCUCUGGAACCACCUGCUCAACUACUACAAAGAGCAGAAGGUUCUGGUGGAAGGACCUCUGAACAACCUGAGAGAGAGCCUCAUGCAGUUCAGCAAACCGCGCAAGCUGGUCAACACCAUCAACCCUGGAGCCCGUUUCAUGAGUACUGCCAUGUAUGACGCAAGGGAGGCCAUGAUUCCUGGAUCUGUGUAUGAUCGCAGCAGCACCGGGCGUCCGUCUAAUAUGUACUUCCAGACCCACGACCAGGUCGGCAUGAUCGGGACUGGACCGAACCCGAUGGGCUCCAUGAACAUCCCCAUCCCCUUCAAUCUGGUCAUGCCGCCCAUGCCUCCCCCUGGAUACUUGGGCCAGGUGAACGGACCUGCUGCCGGUCGUGGUGCUCCUAAAGGUAAGACCGGGGGUCGCGGAGGUCGCCAGAGGAACCGUGGCACUGGGAAUCACGGCAGCGGACAGGCUAACAUGCCAAACAGCCAGGCCAGUCAGGACCUGGUGUCCCAGCCCUUCUCUCAGGGUCCACUGACCCAGGGCUACAUCACCAUGAGCCAGCCGUCGCAGAUGAGCCAGCCUGGACUGUCCCAGCCCGAGCUCUCACAGGACAGCUACAUGGGUGAUGAGUUCAAAUCCCAGAUGGAUGUGGCGCUUUCCCAGGAUUCCACCUACCAGGGCGAACGGGCAUAUCAACACGGAGGAGUGACUGGACUCUCACAGUACUAGAGUGUUGUUGGAACAGGAGCUAGGCCUGUGCUGAGCUUAGUUCAUCAGCAUUUUAAAUAUGGGUAAAUAAAAAAAAAAGAACAAACAUGGAUGCCCGUUUACCACUGUUACAACUGAAGCACCAUGGUGUGAGAGCAACAGGAGAGAAUCAAACCAAUCACAGGAGGGAGUAAAGCUGGACAGGACGAAAGAGAACGUGUGAGUGGCGGACCACAUCCACCAUUCGUUGAGGACGGGGAGGAGAGGGGAGACGCAGUGUUAGGAGGAGACCAAACACGAGAUCUUCGAUCUGCAACUCCGCAACGUGGAGGAGGCUCCUGGAGCGCAGGGGCCCUUCCCGGCCUCCUCUCUCUCUCGCCUGGCUGCCGACGUCGGCCUCAGGCCUCGCCCUGCCAACAGAGACGGAGCCAAGAUGAAGUUCUCUUAAAACUACCUGCAAAAACCACGCUUGCUCUGUCGUCUCCACGAGCUGAGAGAGGGGGUGACGUAUUUAAAAGUAAUUAUAAACGCUUUUCAAGCAGCUGAUUUUCCGGGAAACUCGAGUUCCCCUCAAAGUUGACAUCUGGCAUUCAGGUUCUACCACCGCACAUCUUUGAGCGAACUGCUGAAGGAAAGAGUUCCGGCGUUUUGUUUCGGAGCGACCCGAGGUGCUAGGGCACUCUGAAGGACGAUUCAACUUUGAGGAAGGUUUUCCGCCUGAAGUCCGGGAGGGUUGAACGGAGGAAGGGCCCGACACAUCUCGUCCGCUCUCCGCUAGGUGAUUUGGGGUAGAAAUGGCUUUGGGAUGUUUCUUUUUUUUUUUUCCCCCUCCCUCCCUUUUAAGCGUUCCGUCCCUCUCCGAGGGACCGACGGGAUCUAUCCUUUUCUUAUCUUCCUCUUUGUUUUAAAAGGUUUUUUUUGUUCCUCUAGAAUAAAAGCGGCGCUCGAUUUAGCUUUGCUUGAUUUAGGUGCGUCUCCGUAAAGCGUGGGUUCGAAAUCGGGUGAAACUCUGGGUCCCGGUCCAUGUUGAUGCGUCGGUCGAAGCGAACCCCGCCCGCCGGCCGAUCGAUCGAUCGAUCGUCUGAAUCGGAGACAAGCCCCUCCCGCCGCUGCUCGGUCCGAUCGGGUGAAACUCGCUCGAUUCGAUGCGAGGCGAACGAGUCAGUCGCCGUAAGCCCCUCCCACUCCUAUUCUGUCCAAUCGGGACGCAGUCAUGUUUUCGCUUUAGUUGCGCCUCGGAGAAAGCGGAAGGCACGGAUGCGAAGCACAGACAGGUGAGAUUCUCGCUGUUUUUGUGUCCGACCGUAAGAGGCUCGUCUUGCGCUCUUGCGUUGAUAUGAUGAUGAUGAUGAUGAUGAUGAUGAUGUCAGUGAGAGCGGGCGGUUUCACCGCUGAAAGGUGUGUGUGUGUGUGUGUGUGUGUGCCCUCCAUAUUAUUAUUUGUGUUGUGAUAGAUUGUAGUUAUGCUUUCCCCCCCAUACUAGUUGCUUUUCCCCCUCUUCUUAGUAGCUCAGUUUUAUUUGUACGCGACCUGAAGUUCUCGUAACCUCUUUCAGCGCGGAAGUUGCUCGAGUUUAUUCGGUUUCGACGGACCCAUUCAGAGUUUUACGGCAGCUUUUAACAUCCGUUCCGACCGACGCCAGUCGCCUCAACUUUGUGCUUUUACUUUGGAGUGUUUAUAGCUUGCCGUUACUCCACACUCGCGGCCCUUCUGACUGUUUAAUAUUACCCACCGCUCGCAUUUUAUAGCAUUCGAGCACAGAUUCGUUUUAAGUUCACAUCCUUCGCUUUCCCCCCCUUUUUUUUUUUUUGUUCCUUUGCCCACAAGACAAUCACGAUUCAUUCAUAACCCGAGGUCGUUUUCACGUUAAACUCUCGUUUUAGAAAUUAGCUCGUCCUCUGAAAUCCCUUUCGUUUUCACGUUUCGUACUUCGACUGUAAAUAUCAGCGCUCGGAUUUGAUACGACGUCAGCCAAACCGUUGCCAACGACAAUGAGACUCUUAACAUCCAGGCCAAGGUGAUCCACAGCGACGCAUUCUGGGUUUUAUCGAGUACGAAGAGGUUCUGCCGGCGAAAAACUGCAUCAAAUUUGACUGAAAUGUACAAAACAUUUAUACGCUUUAACUUGCAAUGAAGAGGAACAUUGGAGGAACAUCCAAUGUAUAAUUCAGGAUUUUGUUUUGUGGAAAAAGUUUUCACCCCCCCACGAUAUGUACUUCUUGUAACGUUAUGAAUAAAUGUUGCUUUCUUUCA